AUGGACAUGAGGCCGAUUUUUGGCGGAUACCCCUUCCAAGGUCAAGGCCGAGUCAACCAGCUAGGCGGUGUCUUCAUCAACGGUCGUCCCUUACCAAACCACAUCCGGUUGAAAAUCGUGGAAAUGGCGGCCGCCGGAGUGAGACCUUGCGUGAUAUCCAGACAGCUCCGAGUGUCGCACGGUUGCGUGUCGAAAAUUUUGAACCGCUAUCAGGCGACUGGGAGCAUCAGACCUGGUGUAAUAGGAGGAUCGAAGCCAAGAGUGGCGACAGCAGACAUAGAGGAGAGGAUAGAGGAACUGAAGAAGGAGCAACCCGGGAUUUUCUCAUGGGAGAUACGAGAGAAACUGAUCAAAGAAGGAGUGGUCGAUCCCCCAAGCGUCUCGUCCAUAAGCAGAUUACUGAGGGGGGGCAGAAGAGAAGAUCCUGAUGGAAAGAAGGAUUACACUAUCGACGGCAUCCUGGGAGGUGAGGGACGUGAGGACGACAGCGACAUAGAGACAGAGCCCGGCAUUCCACUGAAACGCAAGCAACGACGGUCAAGGACGACGUUUUCAGGGGAUCAGCUGGAGGCGCUGGAAAGGGAGUUCAGCAGGACGCAAUAUCCUGAUGUGUACACUAGGGAGGAACUGGCUCAGCGGACUGGAUUGACCGAGGCCAGGAUACAGGUUUGGUUCUCGAAUCGUAGGGCCCGUCUACGCAAAAACGCCGGCGGCGUAAACGCAGCCAACGCUCUGGGCUUCCCCUCCCUCCCCCUGGGCAACAUGGCGUGCCAGUACGCGACCGACGCCCAGUACGACUGGAGAGCAGCACAGUUCCACAACUACAACAUGUUUCAGCAGUCCGGCUACAACCAGGACUAUUCCAGGGCCGACUACUCGGCCUUAUUCGACGCCAACUACGCUCUCGCGCAGGCGCAGUUCACUCACGCCCAGAACAGCGGUCUGAGUCGAGUGAAGGAGAGUGAAAACUACGUUCCCGCUCACGCGCAAGUUACUACUCACCCCCACAAUCUGAACCAGAUUAAAGGUGAUAACAAGGAGUUGGAUUUAAGCAACGAGGCUUCCACCAGCGGCAGCAACGGCGUGCAGGGUAACUCCUGGGGUAAGAGUGGAGACUGGCAUCAGGGGGUGGCAAUGCACGACGCGGGAGUUCAUUUUGGUGGCAACGAAGCUUUCGUCCAAGGACAUUAUCAACCAAACAAGAAUUAUUGGACGUAG